GCAACGUUUCCGUGAAGCCUGUUCUGGAACCUAGCUUCCGGAUCCAGAAACUUCUCCAGAAGCAGACCAGCUGUGCUAGGCAGUCUGAAUGGACCAGCAACUCCGCUUUGAAGAUUUAUUUUCCGUCUUAUCUUCUGCUGAGAGAUUCACCCCUGGGGUGAUUGGUUCGCUUUUCGGUGGAUGAUGGAGAAACGUAAACAGGCCGGACUGCUGACCCUGCCGUACCACCUGCUCCCGGGGCCCAUGGGCGUGCCUGCGUCCCUGCCCCGCCUUCCCCUGCGGGACCCCUUCAGGAUCUCCUUGCGUCUGGACGCCGCGUGCUGGGAGCGGGAGCGGGGCGGCUGCGCCCCGCGGCGGCCCUACUGGCCCCUGACGCUGGACGGCGCCUUCGAGCCCGCCUUCCUCCGCAAGCGCAACGAACGCGAGCGGCAGCGGGUGCGCUGCGUCAACGAGGGCUACGCGCGCCUCCGAGCUCACCUGCCCCGCGAGCUGGCGGACAAGCGCCUCAGCAAAGUGGAGACGCUCCGCGCCGCCAUCCGUUACAUCAAGCACCUCCAGGAGCUGCUGGAGCGCCACGCGCGGGGGCAGGAGGGCGCGGCCGGCGCCGGCCCCUCGCUCAGGGCCGAAUGCAACAGCGACGGCGAGUCCAAGGCCUCGUCGGCGCCUUCGCCCAGCAGCGAGCCCGAGGAGGGGGCCUGUUAGCGAGCGCUGGGCCGGCCCGGACCCCUCCCGCUGCGCCGCGCGCUUUUGGAGUCUGCUCUAAGGUUCCCUCCGGAGGUGGUUUGCAUUUGCAAUCUGUUGUGUUUUUUUUUUUUUUUUUUUUUUCUCCAGAACUAAAUCUUAGGAAAAAGAAAUGAGUGCUUUAGGGGGAAAAAAAGAUUUUGACAUUCUAGUUGUUUCCACCCCUUCCACCCCCCCUAUUGGUUAUGUGCCUGCAACUGAAAGAUGCUUAUGAAACUCUUCCUGUACUUCUCAAAGACAAACUGUACCAGACUCUGAACUCCUCAAAGGGCGAAAACAACGAGGAUUUGCCACAGUCAGCGGGGUGGGUAAAUUAGGGACGUAAACACUGAAACAAAUCCAACCUUAACCAAAGAAGAACUUUCCAAAACUAGCUAACUAACUGAAUAACAGCCCUUAAGAUGAGCGGAAGGUUUUUCCUGCAUUCCUUCAUUUGGGAAUCGAUGAGAAAUGUAAUUGACACCGUGCUUUGGAGGAAGGUGGCCCUAAGCUGACACCUGGGAACACGUUUGCCAGAGCGCGCGGCCAGGUCAGCCUGUGCUGUUGACUAAGCAUAUGGAUGGCGGUGCUAGAAAGGACAUUCCAUAUUGGAAACAUCCUGUUUUAUCAAAAAAGUGGUCGUGUGGGAACUUCAUAGCAUCUAGCAGAUAGUAACGUGUCAGUGGCAAUGAUCUUUUUGGAAGAGAACUCAGAUUUGUAUGAAAACUUACUUUUCCUCUCAGGUGUCUUGUGCGUCGUGUUUUCAUUUUCCUUCUCUUUGCACCCCUCACCUCCACCCCCUUGUUCUCACUCCAUCUAACUUUCGGUUAAAGUGACACUGUGGCCUUAAAAAAAAAAAAAAAAAAAAGGAAAUGCUU